AUGCGUGCGGGCAAGUAUGUCAUCCAAUCCGGCAAAGGACACAAUUUCAAUGGUCUUCAGCAAGUGUCUGAUUCAGAGUCGCGGCUUUGCUCCAUCAUGGACAGAGACAAACAGGACAAAAAGCACCGUCGCUAUGGCCCUGAGAAUAUCAAAGAAAUUAUUAGUGUAGCCAUUCUGGAGAGGCUCCCUAUUACGAAAACCUCUAAGGCGCCAAUGACCUAUGUCAAGCUCAAGUGGACUAACAUCAAGGAGGAAGACAAAAACUUAUACCGAGAUGGCACCAAUUAG